UUUUCGUGCUUGGGGUGGAUGAGGUAUAUCUUAAAAGGUGUCUCGAUGGUGCUCCCUAUUCAUAUAACUUUCGCACUUUUUAUUCAGAGGGUUGAGCGCAAACUCGGUCUUGUGUCACAUCUGUCUAAGCUGACCUCUGCUAUACUUACCUAAGUUUCUUCUUUUCAUUCUCUCAAUCAUUUGAGUCAAAAUGGGCUCCUUCACUCCCCGCGCCAACACUAAAUCCUUCACCCUCAACAACGGCAUCAAUAUCCCCGCCAUCGGCUUCGGUACCUUUGCCAACGAAGGCGCAAAGGGCUCGACCUACCGCGCCGUCCUACACGCCCUCCAAACAGGCUACCGUCAUCUCGACUGCGCAUGGUUCUACCGAAACGAAGAAGAAGUCGGCGAGGCAAUCAAAGCCUUCCUCAAAUCGAACCCGAGCGUGAAGAGGCAAGAUCUGUUUAUCACGACGAAAGUCUGGAACCAUCUCCAUGAGCCAGAGGAAGUGCAAUGGAGCUGUGAGGAUUCACUGCAGAAAUUGGGACUGGAGUAUGUGGAUCUGUUGCUCGUGCACUGGCCGGUUGCAGUCGAGAAAAAUGAGAAAAACAUGCCGAAAAUCGGGCAAGAUGGGAAAUAUGUCAUCAAAAAGGCCCUCACGUCCAACCCAGAACCCACAUGGCGGGCAAUGGAGCAGCUUAACAGGUCGGGUAAAGCGAGAGCAAUUGGCGUGAGCAACUGGACGAUUCAGGGUUUGCAGCAGUUGUUGGGUUUUGCGGAAAUCAAGCCGGCAGUCAAUCAGGUUGAGAUUCAUCCCUUUUUGCCGAAUGCCGAGCUUGUGUUGUACUGCUUUCAGAAUGGUAUCAUGCCCGCUGCGUACUCGCCGCUGGGAUCCCAGAAUCAGGUUCCGAGUACGGGCGAGAAGGUGCGGAUGAAUCCUACGUUAAACAAGGUUGCUGAGCGGAGCGGAUACGAUCUUGCUCAAGUGCUUCUUGCGUGGGGUCUGAGGAGGGGAUAUGUUGUCCUGCCUAAGAGCUCUACGCCUUCGAGGAUCGAGAGCAAUUGGCAAGUUCCAGAGUUGAGCGAGGAGGACUUUGAGGCUAUUGAGAAUGUAGCCAAGGGAAGGCACACGAGGUUCGUGAACAUGAAAGAUACGUUUGGAUAUGAUGUAUGGCCGGGCGAGGACAAGAGUGGACUUGUCAAGUUGAACGAGUAAGGCUGGAGCUGUGUGAUUGGGCUAGUUGACAGUCUUCCAGACAGGCGUUCAUGGAAGAACAAGACGAUUAAGUGUUUACUAUAGAUAACCGAUACCAAAAGUCACAUAGAA